AUGUGGAGGCUGCAGAAUCCUCCAUAGGUUGUGGACGGCCAUAUGAGAGAAGUCCCACCGGGCCUUAGAUCUAUGCGUAUUUCAGGGCCGCAAGUGCUUCCCAAAUUCCAGGAGCGUCCACCUCCUCCACGCCUCUUAAGACUCCAACUGUUCCCAGAGCCAUUGUGUCAAUUAAACAAAACAGGUAGUCUCUCUUUUGCAGGCAUGGACAGCGGAAGCCCUCAGUAUGGCACCCUGGCUGAAUGGCUUCGGUCAGACGUGUUUAUCGUGUUCGUGGUGGUUCUGGUACUGCUCGGCUUGGUUCUAACGGCAGUCUGCUGGGUCUGGCGGCGCCAGAGACGACACAGACCGUCAACUUCACAGAGGCUGACAGAGAUUGAGAUCUACCCAACAGUGGAUGCUUCAGUUGGGGAGGCACAACAGCAAAAGUUCUGCCUGAAAAUCCGGACUGACCAGAGGCAUGCUUCGGAGUUGGUGGGCAUCCUGGCAGAUCACAUACGGCCCACUGGGUCAUCCACAACAGGUGACAUGUCUGCAGGUGUGUCAGCAUCCAAAGCCAUCCUAAACCCAACAGUGACCCCCAGACAGCCACUGGAAACACAGAGGAAAAAUUAUAAUAUAGGUGUGGCUGUCAUAACAUCAAAGACCACCAUUCCUGGAGUUUUUAUCCCCCAGGACUACAAUAGCUCCAAUGAAAGUGAUGAUCAAAAUGAUAAUGAUGACAGUGAUGAUGAAAGUGAGAGCGAUUGAUAUAA